AGUCGAGCACGCAGUUGAAACGGGUUAAACUCCAUCUCGUUUCCUUCCAUCUGUUCGAGAGAGGCAUGGCCGAGUUGUUCGGGAAGCAGGCCCGGCGAUACGCCAAUGGUCGGCCGAGCUACCCGCCGGAGCUCUUCCAGUUCAUCGCGUCCAAAACGCCGUCUCACGACCUCGCCUGGGACGCCGGCACGGGAAGCGGCCAGGCCGCCCGAUCCCUUGCAGAAAUCUACGGGAAUGUCGUAGCCACGGAUGUGAGUCCGGAGCAGCUUGAGCUCGCGCCAAAACUCCCUAACGUCCGCUACGAGCUCACUUCUCCGGCCGUGUCGAGGUCCGAACUUCAGAAGGUCUCCGCGGAAUCGAGCGUCGACUUGGUGACCGUCGCGAUGGCCCUCCACUGGUUCGACCGGCCCAAUUUCUACCGGCAAGUGAAGCACCUGCUCAAGAAGCCGCACGGCGUGAUCGCCACGUGGGGCUACACGAUGCCGAGAGUCACGGGCCCGGUCGAUUCUAUCUACGAGGAGUUCUACUCGAUGGACUUGAACCCGUACUGGAGCCCGACCCAUAAGUUGGUGAUCGACGAGUACAGGGACAUGGAAUUCCCGUUCGAGCCGGUGGAUGGGAUGGAGGACACGGGCCCGGUCCGGUUCGUGGCGGAGAGAGCCAUGGGGUUGGACGAGUUUCUCACCUUCGUAAGGUCGACGUCGCCCUACCUGAAGGCGAAGGAGGAGGGCGUGGAGCUUCUGGGCGGCGACGCCGUCGAGAGGUACGAGAGGGCCUGGAGCGAGGAAGGCGAGGAGGAGAAGGUCGUCAAGUUCCCGGUCUUCCUCAAGAUCGGCAAGGUGGGAAAUGCGUCCAUGGAUUAGGAUAGAAAAGGCCAUUUUUGUGCUCAUCUCUGUAGCACCAGUGCAGCAGAAUUUAAGCUGUGUAUCUUGACAAAUCUGCAUGAUCUGCUUUCGAGUGAUCGGAAUCGGUAUACAUGGUCAUUUGCUCUGAUUCGAACAGCUUUGUUUUGGGUUUCCAGCACUUUUGCUUAUGCCAUUUAGGAAACAUCUUGAAUUGUGCUCGA